AUGUCCAUCAUCCAGCAGCACACGCAGGCGACGCUCAGCGACGCGUGGCGCACCAUCAACAUCGACGCGCUGCAGGAGGACUCGAGCGUCAACUUCGACACGUCGACGCUGCACCCGGCGCUGCCCGAGACGAGCGAGGCCGAGGUGCGGCAGCUCACCAACCAGGUGCGGCAGCUGCUGCGGGGCGGCGACGCCGAGGGCGCCCUGCGCGGCUGCCUCGAGUCGCCCGUCUACCGCGGCCGCGACGAGGCCAAGGAGGCCCACCUGCAGACCGUCAUCGAGGUGCUGCAGUCCAUCAAGGCCAGCGACAUGACCCCCAUGCUGCAGCGCAUCUACGCCAGCCCCGGCGGCACCGAGUGCCUCGACGUGCUGAUGAAGUACCUAUACAAGGGCAUGGCGGUGACGUCGACGCCGACGUCGGGCGGCGCCGGCAAGAGCAACCCGCAGACACCGACACGCAUGACGCCGCAGCAGACGGGGUUCAGCCAGAUGAGCGGGCGGCCCGGUGGGUCCAGCGAGUCGACGGGCGGCGCCAUGAGCGUGCUCCUCAGCUGGCACGAGAAGGUGGUAGAUGUGGCCGGGCUGGGCUGCAUAGGGCGGUGCAUGACGGACUGGCGGAAGGUAUGA